GACACCGUUAACACUGCUGAGUGCAGCCACAUCCUCGCCUGUGGAUUAUCAAGCCUGCCUCGCUCAAGACAGCCAACCUUUUCUAAAAAACUGGAACUUGUCUGCUCCUCCGCUGCCACAGUCAUUGCUGCUCUGCUGCUAGACAAGGACACUUCAACCACUUCUUGAGUAUCUUCACACCCCAGAGACCCAGACUCACCUUCUACCAACACCUGAAACUUAAGCUUAGCAGACAUGGAGGUUCACGUGGCGCGGUUUGCCCUGCUUCUGUGCAUCACUGUUGCAACCUCUGCCUCAAGUCAGACAUGUGAGCCAAAAAAGGUUAACGACAACCCAUGGUUCCACGUGAGAGAGAUGCUAAUUGGCUGUUGGACCAGCUUCGUCGCAGAGGACAACACAGAGGUCCAUAUCCUGAACUUGGCCGCCAUGAAGGAUAAGGUAUUCUCUCUUGAGUUGAACAACGCCAAGCCAAUGAACCUUAUCCUCACAUCGCCAGAGACAAUUUAUGGCCUAUACAACAUCAACGCCGAUGUUAACAUAUAUUUGAACAACAGCUCACCAAUCAACCUGCGUGGUAAUCAACAUCAUAACAAUGUCCACAAGCAAGACUUCCCCACCCAAGAUGAGGAGUUGGUCAGGUGGGCACAGCAGAAGUUUGGGGGUGUGACGUCAUUCACCACAGUCCGAAAUCUGAUAAGAAUCUCAUCAACAGGAGCAGCAGGAACCACCAAUACUGGCUCUCAUCAUUGUGUGCUUAAAAAUGAAGAUGCAUCAGAGAAGCACUUCAUGAAGAUUGAAACAACAACUUUGGCUUCACCAUUCACAUCUUGCUCGCCACAGCAGCAGAUCCCCAGAGGUGAAGCGGAGCUUCACAUCAUAAACAUCCCAGAGAAUGCCAGCACAUGCAAUGUAUCACUUCGCAUGGACACAAAGGAGAUCCGGGUGUUCCUCCGAGGUCCUCAGGGCACCACAUGGAUCAUCCUCAGUCAACACACCCGGUUUGGUUCUAACAAUGACAUCCUGCUGCCCGCCCUCGCCCACAGAGUACCGCCUUCAUAUACAAUGAACAGUGACAAUGCAGAGGAUGUGCAGAGGAAGGCUUUAGAUGUGUUUAAAGUCAGUACUUUCACCAGCUAUACUGAACUCAGACCAGUGGGCUCCACAAUUGUAAUGGCUCUUGUAAGAAAUGAAAGUCUUGCAGAACCAUCACCAGAAACAGUACCAGAACCAGUCGUUACAGAUAUUGCCCCUCAUCAGAUGCCUCUGCUGAUGCAACUGUACACCUCCCCUGAUUACCGUUCUCCCCUGGACCCCAACACCAGGGUCCAGAGUGACAAGAGAAUUUAUGCAGAGAUUUCUGGGCACGCUUUAGGCGAUAUUAUCUUAACCAUCAAGGUGAUCGGCUGCAUUGUGCACUCCAAGGGUUUGUGCCCUGUUGAGAAAGAGCUGCCCUUCAUCCCAGAGGCCUGCUCCCCAAAUUCUUGUCCCAACAGCACCCGACUCAGCUUCUCCUUAGAUCAGCUCCAAGAGCUGACGUCCACCACCUGGGACCUGGAAUGUUCUGUCAAACUAUGCUCCAGUGAGAAAUGUGGAGAUGGAGGAAGAGUGAAGAGGAAUCUGGAGGUUACUCAGCCGUGUCUGCAACCACCAACCCCACCAUGCUUUGAUUUUGGCCUACCUGGUGUUCUGGGCAUUGCAUUUGGAGGGUUCCUGAUUGGAGUUUUACUUAUUGGAGCACUGUGGUUUAUCAAAAUUAAAACAGGAUACCCAACUGGACUGGACAUGAGGUCAACUGCAGCAAAUCUUCCUGGAUGUCCUUGCUCAGGAGCAAAACGACAACCAGUUUCUACCAACCCUUCCCCCUCUGAGAACAGCAGCGCCAACGCUAGCAUUGGAAGCACCCAAAGCACACCGACCAGCAGCAUGGCAUGAGAUUAUGGUAAUCUCCACCACCAGUAGGGCCACCAUCUCCCUUCAAAGUAACCUAUAUGGGUUUUGUGCUUUUGUUUUCUUUAAUAAUGCUUAAAAAGCGUUCUUCCCCGCCCUGCCCCCCUUUAAAUUCUCAUUAAAAAAGCACAACCACCGUCUUUGACACACCAAGCCUGAAAUGGAUGUGAUCUGGGAGUUUGUAAUGGUGGGUGGGAGGGUGUGGGGGGGGGGAUUCUGGGUGACGGAUAACAGAAGUCUAAUCAAUGGCUUCUGACGCUCACCUCUGUAGCCUCCCUGUAAAGUCAAGCUCCUAGACAGGAAGUUAAAGAGGGCAAGAGAAAAAAAAUAAAUUGGCUCCCAGCAACAGGAAAAACAAACCAUAUCCCCCAAGAGCUAACAGGAAAUUCACUGCAUUCCUUUCAAUGAAUUGUGCUCGUUUGAUGGCAGCACAAUAAUAGUUAGACAGGAGACAAACCAGUCAAAAGAUUGACUUUGAAAAACAGAUGAAAAGCUGUUUUGCAUUCACAUCUAAGCUACAAAAAUACGAAGGGCUUUCGGCUCAGUCCAAAAAGUUAUCAACAACACCUGGGGGACUGAAAAGCUCAACAUGUUAGGAUCUCAAACCAGUCAAUGAAAUGCUCACUUCGAGGGGUAUUUGUUCUUAAUUGGAGUUCGAGGUCAACGGUUAACAGCUACCUCCUAUUAUUUAGAAGUCUGGAGCUAAGUUUCAACUUGACACUAGAUUUCUCUGGUGAAUUGAUCUUAUUUUUCUGCCUUUUUAAUUUUUUUAAAAUUCUGUGUCACUUUAGGCAAAUAGCUGACUUUAGCUUUUUGUGCUAUCCAAUAGCUGUAUCAGGGCCUCCAGAUCAAAAGAUUUCUUUGCCAGUGCUUAUUUGAUUUUCUAAUUACCCAAUAAAACCAAUCUAAGAUCAUGUUUAUGGCCCACAGGUAUCAAUAAAUCAUGAACCAUUAAGAAAAGGGCUUUUAUUCAUGUGAGCUCAGAAAUAAUCACUCUUGUAAUGUACAGUAGCACAUGCAGAGUUGUAUGACUGUAUUCAGAGCUGAGUAAUGUGCCCAUGAGGAGGGGCCAGCACCAAAACUCCUUCACAUCGGUUUUCAGGCCUCACACUCAUAUAUGGACUUCAGCGCCACUCACACAGCUACGCCCACAGGGUGGAGUUUCCCUAAAAUAGUCUGUCUGGAGGUUGAAUUCCAGUACUUUUCCUUUACACAAUAUCCAUGUCCAUCACCACCGCCUGACUUUAUUUUUGUUGCAAAAAUAAAAUCCAUGGUUUUAGUAACAAACACGAUCACAUACAUAAAGAGAGCUUUAUGAAUCGCAAUUAAGUGUUUUCAGGCUGACUUAAUUAUCACCCUGUACACCAAGAUGCAGCUGUUUAAUGGUUUAUAAACCAUUACUCUUCCUUUAUUUAAAGAUAAGGACUUGACAUUAAACUGGACAAAAACUGUCCACCCUGCUUUGCUCAUAUUCAAUGUUUUUUCAUUCAAUAUGUAGCCAGCCAUGAAUGCUCUGCUCUGUCUUGUGAAGGGGAAGCAUUUUUAGACCUCUAAUGGAUGUUACGGAUCACCAAUGCAUUCAGAGCUUUCCGCUUUGACAAACAAGCCAUCAUUGCUACAGGUUGAAGAGUUGCCACCUCGAUGUGACCAAACUCCUAGAAAAACAUAGGUACCAAAAAAAGAAAAAGAAAAUAGGCUUAUAUUAUAUUAUAUAAUGAAUUUGAUAUUUAAUUAGCAUUUCCCAUGCGGAGAGAAAUUAAAUCUUUGCAGUUUAAGUUAACUGAGUGUUUUAAAUGAAUAAUCAUGGUAUAUUGGCAAACCUUGUUCCCUAAAAGCUGAACGCAGAUGAAACCUGGCAAACUCAAAAGAUGUGCUGACUGAAAAAAAGCUCCCUCCACUUUUUCUUUAACCUUUAAACAUAAACUACCUGUAUAAGUCUUAAGUUUGGACUCAAUAGUAUAAUCACUAGUAACAAUAGUAUAAUACCAAAUUUAAGAUGUUUUGUCUGCAACAAUACAUAAGAAAGUAAAUUGUGCUUUAACCCUAUGAAGACUAGUUUAAAACUCCAAAUCUAGCUUUAUUUUCAUCUUAUCACAGAUCAUUUGUAACGAUAUGGAAACCGACGUUGGAGAGAAACGACUUUAAAUGAUUAGUUAAAACGAUAAACUUCAGCUUAAUACAUUUGAUCAGCUGCAUCAGCCACUGCAGUGCUAAUGCUAGACAGAAGCUGCACAGAUGCAUUAUGGGGGGCUUCCACGAGGGCUACAACUGUAGAGUGACGGUUGAUCCGUGAACCCACUAUUUUCAGUGUACAGAUGUAAAUGUAUUUUAUAUUUUUUAAUGCCACUCUUUUACCUCUUUAAAAAAAGAAAAUAUUUCCGUCACGUGUCAAGUAUUGUACGUAAGCAGGCAACAUUUCAAAAUCUACAGUAACCAGCCUCAACUCAAGCACCACAGUUGUGAUGUUAAAACUUUUCUUUAUAUGCAUUUGAUACACUGAUUUACUUUUGGUGAUGCAUGUAUUUUCACAUCCCAAAUAGUUACUCACCUUCUUAUUUGGAUUGCUAAAAUAAUUAAUUCAACUUCAAACCUAAUCUCAAAAUUUGUUCUGUGUUUUUCAAACCAACUACGUUUGUAAGAUGUAUCCUCAUUGUUUGAAUUUGUGUAGAGACACAACAAAGAGGGCCAGUACAAAUUGCCACUUGAGUAUUUGUGCAAUAUGAUGAGGUUAACUUGUAUGUAAUGUCUAUAUGUAUCUUUUUUUUUUUUUUACUAUGUUUUUUUGUAAGUGUUGUAUGAUAUUCUGACUUUGAAUCAUUUUCUUAACCUGCUUCGUUCUUUCAUGUAUUUGAAGAACUGGGACAAUUUCUAAUCAAGGCACUUAUCAAAUGCACAAGAUUUUUUUGUAUUGUAAUCUUUUGUUUCUUGUACUCUCAUAUAGAUUUGAGUUUUUGAUUACAGCGUAGUCACAGACGUGUCACAUCACAUGUCACAGGCAGUACAUUUUGGUUUUGUUGGUUUUACCCCUGUUUGACUUUAGCCCUCACUGUAAGAUUCCCCUGCAAUCCCAAAACACAGCAUAUCUCUGCUGACACUGACAUCCUGACAUUGUAUUGAGUUCAUCGUUCUGUCUGCUGUGGGUGUGAUGGGGAAGAGCUUUGUGAAUUCUGAAAGACAGAAUGUCUCACCACAAAGUAGCAUCCCAGUUAAACAUGCAACACUCUGACAGGUUUUAGAGAAGAUUCAAACUUAAGAAAGUGAAAAUGCAGCAAAUAGUGAGAACUUUUUCCAUUUUAUUUUAAAAUAAUGCCGCAUUCUUCGUCUUUUUUUCUAACACAUGUAUGCCUGUGUUAAACCAGUCCCAGUGAUUGUCUCACACCGACGGUAAAAUCAGUCAGUUAAUUCACUUGUUAACCCUGCAAUUCCAUUUGUUACCUCUGACCACUUCCUCCUCCUCCGCAGACACUCUGCACAUUUAACAAUAUAUGUGUGUCUGUGUGUGCAUAUACAUAGUAUAUGCACUGCAUUUCUGUGUGUGUGUGUGUGUGUGUGUGUGUGUGUGUGUGUGUGUGUGUGAGUACAUGUGUCUACAUGUAGGUGUAGAAUAGAAACUAUGACUACAUUUAUAUAAGCUGAUUCUUCCUCUAGUCUCUUAACAGUGUCCAAAUUCUGAAUGCUUACCGAAAAAUCUGAAGCCGGAACAACACGUCAGAAUGUCUGCUUUGAUUUUAUAAAGUAUAAAAUGCAGUGUUAUUUUUGUGCUAGAGCGGGGCAGCCUUUUACCAUUUAAAAUGGGUCCUUUUGUUGAGAUAGUAUUCAACUGAUGUCAUGUAUUCUUAUAUUGUUUCUGAAGAAAUAUCUUUUUUUUUUAUCUUUUUGUCUGGAAUUAUCUUAAUAAAGUGAAUAUGACAAACCUUU